CCCCUUGUCAACCCCGCCCCCACCGGCCCCGCCCCUGCCCGCGCGCCGGCGUCGGCUGCGUCUCCGGCGUUUGAAUUGCGCUUCCGCCAUCUUUCCAGCCUCAGUCGGACGGGCGCGGAGACGCUUCUGGAAGGAACGCCGCGAUGGCUGCGCAGGGAGAGCCCCAGGUCCAGUUCAAACUUGUAUUGGUUGGUGAUGGUGGUACUGGAAAAACGACCUUCGUGAAACGUCAUUUGACUGGUGAAUUUGAGAAGAAGUAUGUAGCCACCUUGGGUGUUGAGGUUCAUCCCCUAGUGUUCCACACCAACAGAGGACCUAUUAAAUUCAAUGUAUGGGACACAGCCGGCCAAGAGAAAUUCGGCGGACUGAGAGAUGGCUAUUAUAUCCAAGCCCAGUGUGCCAUCAUAAUGUUUGACGUAACAUCGAGAGUUACUUACAAGAAUGUGCCUAACUGGCAUAGAGAUCUGGUACGAGUGUGUGAAAAUAUCCCCAUUGUGUUGUGUGGCAACAAAGUGGAUAUUAAGGACAGGAAAGUGAAGGCGAAAUCCAUUGUCUUCCACCGAAAGAAGAAUCUUCAGUACUACGACAUUUCUGCCAAAAGUAACUACAACUUUGAAAAGCCCUUCCUCUGGCUUGCUAGGAAGCUCAUUGGAGACCCUAACUUGGAAUUUGUUGCCAUGCCUGCGCUUGCCCCACCGGAAGUUGUCAUGGACCCAGCUUUGGCAGCACAGUAUGAGCACGACUUAGAGGUUGCUCAGACAACUGCUCUUCCGGAUGAGGAUGAUGACCUGUGAGAAUGGAGCUGGAGCCCAGCGUCAGAAGUCUAGUUUUAUAGGCAGCUGUCCUGUGAUGUCAGCGGUGCAGCGUGUGUGCCACCUCAUUAUUAUCUAGCUAAGCGGAACAUGUGCUUCAUCUGUGGGAUGCUGAAGGAGAUGAGUGGGCUUCGGAGUGAAUGUGGCAGUUUAAAAAAUACCUUCAUUGUUUGGACCUGCAUAUUCAGCUGUUUUGGAACGCAGUUGAUUCCUUGAGUUUCAAAUAUAAGACUGCUACAGUCACAUCACAAUAUUCAGUGGUGAAAUCUUGUUUGUUACUGUCAUUCCCAUUCCUUUUCGUUUAGAAUCAGAAUAAAGUUGUAUUUCAAAUAUCUAAGCAAGUGAACUCAUCCCUUGUUUAUAAAUAGCAUUUGGAAACCGCUAAAGUAGGGAAAUUAUAUGCCAUGUUAAUAUUUGAAUUGCCUUGCUAUUAUCGCUUAAUUUGAAAUCUAUUGGGUUAAAUUCUCCCUAUGUCUACUUUUUAUUUUUGUACAUUUGAGCCAUGUCACACAAACUGAUUAUGGCAGGUCAGCAGUAUUCUAUUUGGUUAGAAGGGUCACAUGGUGUAAAUAUUAGUGCAGUUAAGCUAAAGCAAUGUUUGCUCCACCUUCAUUUUGGCUAGGUAGGGUCACCUAGGGAAGAACUUGCUCAAAAUUUGUGACCUGUCAGAAUAAAAAUAAUGUGGUUUGUAUAUAUCAAAUAGAUAUUUUAAGGGUAACACUUUUGUUUUAUGGCAAAAGUAAUCAUGUUUUAAUGUAGAACUUCAAAUAGGAUGGAGUAUCAGUGGAUGGCAGGAGCUUGGGAAUUCUUGCUGUUAAAAAUAAGUACAAAUUUUGCACUUUUUGUUUGAAUGUUAGACGCUUAGUGUAAAGUUGAUACACAAGGAAAAUGGUCCAUGUUUACCCACGGUUUUCAGGUACUCCCGGACUUUAAAGAUAUCUUGGACAUUUUAAGUUCUUAAGCAGUACACACUAUACUGUUUGAUUUUUUUUUUUUUUCCUCAGGAUUUUUUUGUAGGGCAGCACAGCAGAGCAGGAUAUGGAUGAAAUACUAGGAAUACGCAUAGUGGGGCAGUGUGGGGGCUUCUCAGCAAUGGAGAACAGUUGGUGAAACCUUUAUUUUUAUCAAACUAAGCAUUUAAUUUAUCUUGUAUAUUUUCCACAUUUAAAAAUGAAUUAGGUCUCUAUCCUAAUUAGGAUUUGAUCCCAUCAACACUAUUCUUGUAGCAGUUAGCGAUCUUAAGAGCUGUUUUUUUUCAUACAAUUACUAUAGUCCAGUUUACCAAAGUUUUCUUUAGAUGUCUGAUUAUCUUGAGAUGAUUACUUACCUUAAAAGGUAUAGAAAGGAUCACUUACAUAUAUGGAAAAAUGAAAUAAGGGUGAAGCUGAAUAAAAUUCUACUUACUGUAUUAACUGGCAACAGUUGAGUUUCUUAAGAUCUGAAUUGCUGUGUAUGUUACGCUGUAUUCAGAACCAGUUUCUAACCAGCCUGUGAGAUGGGAAGUUUUUUUCCCAUAAUUGGGAUGAAACCUUUCAUUCAGAUAUUUUGAAUUGAAGGUGUAUGUGUUGUUUGUAACCUUGUGUAGAUUGCAAGUGGUGUUGACAUUCUGGAUCUUCUAUGUAACAGUUGAAAUUUGGAAGUGACGUCGCUUACCUGUCUAACAUGGUGUGGGAGAGAAUUUACAAGUCAUUUAUUGAAUAAUUGUUGCAAAAUAUAUUGCUUCGACUUUGCCUGGA